CCUCGUCUACAUGCGAAGUACUAUUUCCCUGCUUUUCCUGCCACAUGUUCUCUUCUUCUUUCUUCUAUUCCUCCCGUAUCUUUUGUUCCAUAUCUCCUCCAGUUCGCAUCCUGUCCGUAUCCCGCCUCAAGCACCACACCAUAAUCGCAAGGAACUCAUCGCGAAUCACAAUGGGUCUCGCCGACACGCGCUUCAAGCUCAACACCGGAGCGGAGAUCCCCGCUCUCGGACUCGGAACCUGGCAAUCGGCGCCCGGCGAGGUCGAGAAGGCAGUGCGCCACGCCAUCCAGGUCGGAUACCGCCACAUCGACACGGCGUUCGCGUACCAGAACGAGCACGAAGUGGGGAAGGCGAUCAACGACGCCAUCGCGGCGGGGGAGGUGACGCGCGCGGAGCUGUUCGUGACGACCAAGCUGUGGUGCACGGGGCACACGCGGGUGGAGGCGGCGCUGGACCAGAGCCUGCAGACGCUGGGGCUGGAGUACAUCGACCUGUACCUGGUGCACUGGCCGGUGGCGAUGAACCCGAACGGCAACCACCCGGUCGUGCCCAAGCUGCCGGACGGCUCGCGGGACCUGCACCGCGACCACCCGCACGUCGAGACGUGGAAGAGCAUGGAGAAGCUGGUCGGCGCCGGCAAGACCAAGGCCAUCGGCGUCUGCAACUACAGCGUGCCCUACCUGCGGGAGCUCCUGGCCCAGGCUUCCAUCGUCCCCGCCGUGAACCAGAUCGAGAACCACCCCGCCCUGCCGCAGCAGGAGGUCGUCGACUUCUGCCGCGAAAAGGGCAUCCACGUUACCGCGUACAGCCCGCUCGGCAGCACCGGCAGCCCGCUGUUCUCCGCUGAGCCUGUCGUCGAGGUCGCCAAGAAGAGGGACGUCUCCCCCGCCACCGUGCUUCUGAGCUGGCACAUCGCCCGUGGCUCUUCGGUUCUUGCCAAGUCGGUGACUCCAUCUCGCAUCGAGGCGAACCGCCAGCUGGUCGAGCUCGACGAGUCGGAUCUGGCCACUAUCGCCAAGUACACGGACCAGCUGGCUCGGACAAAGUCCUUCAAGCGUUACGUUUUCCCGCCGUUCGGUCUGGACUUUGGGUUCCCCGAUAAGGUCGCCAAUUAAGCAAGGAUCAUCCAUAAACAGGCACACCCAGCACCAGUGCAGACCUUCAUCCAUCAAUGGUAGAAAGGGGUAUAGAGAGAUAUAGAAGCCGUUUUGGCUGGAUGGUUCAACAGGCAAGAACCAAGUGUGACUUAGUUGUAUAUGACUCUGAUAUAAGACUCUUGUAUGAUUGAAAUGACAUUUUGACUAAAUUCCGC